CCGUCAAUCUCGCAGGUUAAUCAACAACAACAACAACCCGUUGUAGGUGGGCCUAAUCUGCAGGUGAAUCAAGCAUCAUCAACUACUCAAACGGUUAAUGGCAAGUCUUUGCAAUCAUCUUAUUCGCCGUCUUUGGCCUUUUAUAAGAUUGCGCUAUUGAAUGAUGCUGGGAAAUUUAUUGAUCCAACCACCCACGCCAAUGAAAUAUUCUUGCCUCCACAAUGCUCUAUAGCUGCGUGUUUCCUUGAAAAGACCUCUCAUAGUGCGAAGUCUUCACCUUUGGAUCAGAAGGGGUUUGAUUAUGACAGUGAUGACGACUCUAGGGUGACCGCUUCCUACGAAAGUUAUUCAAACGGUGUCAAGCAUCUUCUGCGAUCUACUUGUCGUUCUUCAAGUGGCGUUAGCUCUUCUGCAAUCCCACCCAAAAAACUCAGAGAUAAGUUUGAGCCAACUGACUUCUUCGAGGAAAAUUCUCCGGUGCCUCCUGGCCAGUCCAUCGUUCUUCAAUCUGGCUGUGAUCUCAAAAUCACUCGCUUACCUCCAGAUCUCGGUAAUAUUGAAUUCAGUGAAGCUGCUGUUAAUGGGCUCGGAAAUAGGAACGAGGCGGAAGAGCUAAAUUUGCUGGACCCGAAGGAGGAUUUUGGCUCUUCUGAUAAAGAGUGGUUUAAUGGGGACAGCUUCUCUUGGCGACUUAUGCGUCUUGCCUUUGCUCAACUCAUGCAAAAGCAAAUUGGGGCUCUGGUUAAGCUUCUCAAUCUCGAUAAUGAAUUUCUAAUCUCCUACGCUCCAACACUGUUGCAGACACGAGGAUUAUUGGAGAAGUGGAUCGAAGGAUACCAAGAGGCUUUAGAAAUAUCAUCAGACACUGGAGACCGAAUAGUAAUUGAUAUUUUAUCUUCGGGUUUUGUUGCGAUGGGUGGAUUAUGUUUCGACGAGCAGGAUCGAGCGGAUGCUAAUCUUCCUCAGUUCGCUCGACGAGCGGUCGCGAAAUUGGCCUACAUAAUGAAACCAGAGAAUUCACCCUUUAGAACCCGAAAUCCCUUAUCAUUGCCAGUGAAACGUCUUUGGUUCUCACUUCUGAGCCGUCAUGAACUAAACGAGACGUUUUUACGCUGGAUCUUUCAUCCAAAGCAACGUGAACAGCCUUCACUUCAGCCAAUCAAACUGGAAGUUGCUAAUCCUCAUAAGACUUCUAUCCAAUCAGUUGUCUCGAUGUCUGCUCAGCCAGAGAAGAAAUUGAAUUUUGCCUCCGAACAAGGCGUUAAAUCGUCUAAGGAAAAUGAAAUUUCAUAUGACGGAACCAUUGGUGUGGGAAGUGAUGGAAUAUUAAAACACAAGUCCUCAAUUAACCUAAUCCAUUGGGAACAGGACCCCAUUCUAUGCAUGUGUGUUGAUAAGUUCAACUAUGAUGCUGUGGCCCUGGCAACUCCCAAAGAGAUAAUUGAGGUGUCUAUCUCCAAUCUUCUCUCGCCGGCUGAUUGGAUGUUUGAUGAUUUCGAGUACGACCUUGAUGUUAUGCGAAAUCCUACUCUUAAAAAUCAGGAGUGUCAAUCCGUAAACGACUUUCUUAUCUACGAGAAACCAGGACUUAAUUUAAAGGACCAAGUGGAUUCACCCAUUCCAGGUCCUCGAGGCAUUAAUUCAUCAAACCUGAUUAUUAAACGGACCGUCGGUGGCGUCGAAAAACUCUCUUCCCAUCCUUUGAUGAAUUUCUAUCUCUGUGGGACAAAUUCGGGUUACGUUCAUGCUUUACAAUGGGGCGUAAUGGAACCGGUCGUACACAUGCUUGCCAGCACCUACUCCCUGACUGACAAAGGUCGCACACAAAAAAUCACGAGCACAAUUAAGGGCAAUCCUAUAUCCACUUUACACCUUGACUCUUUCGGAAAAAGGUUUGGAUGUGGUGAUACCGCAGGGUACUUCGGUCUUUGGAACGUGGACUUCAACGGCUCCCAUAGUUAUCCCUACUUCAGUUGUCGGUGUCAUAACAAAGGAGUAUUGGACUUUGCUUUUAUUGACGGGGGCUCUACAAAAUUUGUAACAGUUGGAACUGGAAGCGUUUCAACUUAUCCGAAUCCCGGUGUUAAUAUGGCAGCUGCUAAUGCAGUUGUAGCAGCCAAUCGCCCUGGAUUGAAGGUUACUAGCCAAUUUGACCUGGAGGCUGCCAAUGUGGUUAUUUGGGACUCGAUGGAACCACUAAAAAGUGCGGCUGUCACUUCUUACUCUGAGUCACCACUGGAUGCUGCUUGUACCUGUGUGACUACCGUUCCCUCUGGCUCGUUCAGUCAUCAAAUAGCAGUGGGGACAAAGCGAGGAGAAGUUGCGAUUAUAGAUCUACGAAGUAAAAACGUUGUGACCGCCUACAACCCAACAGCCCAUGCAGGCUCCGCAGUGCGAUCAAUAAUCUGUGAUAGCGCAACUGAUACGCUAACAACAGCGAGUGCAGAUAAUCGCGUUAAAGUUUGGCGUCUAUCGAAUCCGUGUCAACUCUUAUCAACAUUCCAACCGGAGGAGUCGAAUCCUUCUGUGUCGACUAAAGCGGCACAAGCCUUUCUCCGAGGCAACCAAUCAGCAGCUAUGAUCGUGGCAAGCCGUCCGGGCAUCUCUCAACUGUCUUCUUUGCCUUCCACAUCCACUGUUGUGGAAUACAAGUGUGGAGAGAUUCGAGAGAAGCUUCAUCUCCUCACCUCUCGCUUUUUGGCAUGUGGAGUGGAUGGUCGUCUUCAGAUGUGCUCUGUCGCACCUUCCCCGGAAUCUCUCUGGCUGCAUCGUCGUUCGACCUCAAUCUCAACUCACUCUCUGUGA